GCGGCCGGCUGGAGCACGUCGGGAGCGGGCACAGAGGCCGGAGCCGCGGGACCCAAGCAGAGACAGCGCGAGACCGCUGUGCCCGGCCGAGCCGCAGCAGCCGCCGCCAUGGGCAUCAAAUUUUUAGAAGUUAUCAAACCUUUCUGUGCAGUAUUACCAGAAAUUCAGAAACCUGAAAGGAAGAUCCAGUUUAGGGAGAAGGUACUAUGGACUGCUAUAACUCUAUUCAUUUUCUUAGUAUGUUGUCAGAUACCCCUAUUUGGAAUCAUGUCAUCUGAUUCUGCAGAUCCCUUCUACUGGAUGAGAGUUAUUCUGGCAUCCAACAGAGGAACUUUAAUGGAAUUGGGUAUCUCCCCGAUUGUAACAUCUGGUUUGAUUAUGCAGUUGUUAGCUGGAGCCAAAAUCAUUGAAGUUGGAGACACACCCAAAGAUAGAGCUCUAUUCAAUGGAGCCCAGAAACUAUUUGGUAUGAUCAUUACCAUUGGGCAAGCCAUUGUGUAUGUCAUGACGGGCAUGUAUGGGGAUCCUGCUGAAAUGGGUGCUGGAAUCUGUCUCCUUAUCAUUAUUCAGUUGUUUGUUGCUGGUUUGAUUGUGCUGCUGUUAGAUGAGCUGCUACAGAAGGGUUACGGCCUGGGGUCUGGUAUUUCCCUCUUUAUUGCCACCAACAUCUGUGAAACCAUUGUCUGGAAGGCCUUUAGUCCCACUACCAUUAACACUGGCAGAGGUACCGAGUUUGAGGGUGCAGUUAUAGCUCUCUUUCAUUUACUGGCCACCAGGACAGACAAAGUCCGAGCAUUAAGGGAGGCAUUCUAUCGUCAGAACUUGCCCAAUCUCAUGAACCUUAUCGCUACUGUGUUUGUGUUUGCUGUUGUUAUAUAUUUUCAGGGAUUUCGUGUAGACUUGCCCAUUAAGUCAGCCCGAUACCGAGGACAGUACAGCAGCUACCCCAUCAAGCUCUUCUACACCUCGAACAUUCCCAUCAUUCUGCAGUCGGCCUUGGUGUCAAACUUGUAUGUGAUUUCCCAGAUGCUGUCUGUUCGAUUUAGUGGCAACUUUUUAGUUAAUUUACUAGGACAAUGGGCGGAUGUUAGCGGUGGAGGCCCUGCCCGCUCAUACCCAGUGGGAGGUCUUUGUUACUAUCUGUCCCCUCCCGAGUCCAUGGGUGCUAUAUUUGAGGAUCCCGUCCACGUGGUUGUGUAUAUCAUCUUCAUGCUGGGGUCAUGUGCUUUCUUUUCUAAGACAUGGAUAGAGGUGUCUGGAUCCUCAGCCAAAGAUGUAGCUAAACAGCUUAAGGAACAGCAAAUGGUAAUGAGGGGCCACCGAGACACCUCAAUGGUUCAUGAGCUUAAUAGGUACAUCCCCACGGCGGCGGCGUUCGGAGGGCUGUGCAUCGGCGCCCUGUCGGUGUUGGCCGACUUCCUCGGGGCCAUUGGCUCUGGCACUGGAAUCCUGCUCGCAGUCACUAUUAUUUAUCAGUAUUUUGAAAUAUUUGUUAAGGAACAGGCUGAAGUAGGCGGGAUGGGUGCUUUGUUUUUCUGAAUGUUCCCAUAGUUCUUUUUGUGUGUGUGCAAGGGAAAACAUUUCGACAUUCUUGUCAAAUGCUGGUUCUCCUUUUUCCCCCACUUUGUUUUCAAGUGCUAACUGCCCCAUUUCUGAAAUGGGCACCGAGCUACGCCUGUGUGCAGCAUUUAGUACCAGCUGCCUUAAAACUCAAGUUUACAUUAUUCGUUAGAAAACGUACAUGUAGUGUCGCCUGUGAUGCUGGAAACCAGUGUACCCGCCUUGCCGUGUUCAGUUGUGACGGUGAGAUGGUGACGUGGCUCACUUUUGCACACAACAUUCAAAACACUCAGUAUUCCCCCCACUUGUUGAAAAAUAAAUGUAGUUCAGAUUGCCACUUUCCAGUAUUUUUGGGCUUAUUUAAUGAGUUCUGGAACAUUUAUAUCUAAUCUAUAUUUUAGAUAUAAUUACUUUUUAUACUUUUUAAACUCAUAGUAUCCACAUUCCCACCCUCCUUCCCUGUCCCUCCCUUUAUUCGUACCUUCUCAAAGCAGCCACUUAGCCCGAUGGGCACAUCAAACUUCCGAGUUCCUUCUGUCCCUAGAAACAACUUAGAAUUACUCUUCCUGUUUUCCAUCCCUUCUUCCCAGUGACAGCACGGUCGCUGCUGUUUAUACGUAUUGGCUAUGCCUUCGAAUUCCAAGUCACUUGAGAAUGCUUUUAAGAUACUAUGUCCCAGUUUUGUUUUUUUUCUCUUAAAUCUCUAAAGCAAAGAUCUAAUUCUCAAGCAAUGUCUGUAGCUCAGUGGGGGUGAACAAUGAGUAAUUCAUGCUAGGAAUCUGUGUACGUUCUUGUACUUUAUAGCAGCCACAUGAGUGUAAACAGUAGACAAAACACUUUUAUUUAAUACAACUGUUCCAGUUGUGUUGGAAAAAUAAAAAAAUCUGGUAUUAAAUGCAUUGUACAGGUU